AUGGAAGUGACGACUUUCUUAACGGGUCAUCGGGGUUCUACUUUCCCUGUCGCCUGUCCGCAAUCUUCCGACAAAUGUUGCACCAUAAAUAGAUCCACUUCACCUCAUCCCUCUGUGAGCUCUUCUGGCAGUGAGGAGGUCCGUUGUUCAUUGGACGAACUGGAUGCAGUCAUUGCCACCUACGACGAUGGCUCAGGAAGACAAAAUGCACAAGAAAACACGAGCAAAGCUGCCAUUUGCUGCCCACUCAAUCACGCUUCAUCUUCCUUUGGUAAACGAAUCACAGAUUUGCCUCAGAACGAGGCGAGAAGAAACUCUUGCACGUUCCUAGAAAACGAACGGUUGUCUGGUGCGGCGGAUAGCACGGAUUAUUCCACCGCCACUUUGCGUAACCCAAGACGUCAGUCAGACAGGCAACAAUCCAUUGAGCUACAGUCUUCCAGAACCACCGGCUCGUUCCACACUGAAUUUCCGCCCCCUCCACCUGUCGAGUCGUUCGCACCUGACAGCUUCAUUCUCCCACCACCCCCAUCGGCCAUUCCCGAUCCAAAAGCUCUUCGAACUUUUCAGCCAGGUGGUGUGACUGGACCGAUUUAUGUGCGGACAUCCUUACCGCUACAGAUCAUCUCAAAGUGUUCGCUGACCACUGCUAGUCCGAAAACCCCUCAGACGCGAGCCAGAUCAUCCAGUUUGUCACCUCCGCAACCCACCAAGAUGCCCACACGUCCCACCGUUCCCCAAAGAGCCCCAUCUACACGGUUGUCCACUGUUCCAACAAGUCCUGAUGCGCCUACUUCCAAAUCACCGCCCUCAACGCACAGCCGAACUCACGACAUUGUGCAGCAGUCCCACAGCGCAGCGGAAUCAUCACUAGAUCAGCAGCCUGUCCCACCCGUGAAUGAGAUGAUCCGCAGGUUCGAUAUCCUGACAACCGCAGACUCUGGCCAACCAACUGUCACUGUUCGUGACAAAGCCUCAGCGCAGCCACCGACUCAGUCGAAACCGCGAACCGAAGCGACACAUCCGUCUCAUUCUUCCCAGGGGAUUCCUUCGGCCGAUUCCCAGGCGCCAGUCAACAGAUCAACGAACCCGAACCACACAAAAGCACAGUUCUUUGACGAUGGUCCUGACACCAGUCCUCUGCCAACAGUUCAACAACUGGCGCGAGAAUUCUCUGCCGCUAUGGCUGCCUCAAACGCAGUCACAACCAACACACAGGGGACGGCUCUGUUGCCAGGCCGCCACAUGAUGAAUGGUUCAUCAACUCAGGGACAAAACCUUCGAUCCAUGGUCCAUCCUGUAGCUGCUCCCGCUCUGGUAAAUUUCGGUGGUAUCGGCGUCUCCUUUGGUCGUUGCUCUCCCACACAUCGAUCGAAUGACCCACGACGGCAGCAGAUGCCAAAAUCCUCGCGUUCGGCUGACCUACCGGAAUCACAGUUAUCCUCCCACACUGGUACUCGCGUGUUGUCCACGAGUCAAUCUGGAGAGCAAGCUUUUCGACCGAUUCAAUGUCUUCGAUUGGACCCGACAACCUUGGAUACAUUGCUGCGAUACAAUAUAGUCGAUGCCAAUCAAAUUCCAGGCUAUCAACCGAUCUGUGUUGGAAAUCUACCAGACUGGAAACUACAGAAGCUUGAACGCAAGAAUCGAGAGGCAGCCGAUGCGUACGCGAUGGAACUGCAAAAGUGGGGUCAGAUACCUCAAUGGAAACGCGAAAUCAUUGAAAAACGACAAUUUGGGAAACCGGACGCUGGACUUGGUUCGCCUUGUUGUGAUAUCCGACCGGAGCAACACGCAUCUUUGAUUUCUGCCGAGCUCACCGCCAAACUUCAGCGCCGUCUGGAGAAAGUUGACUCUGUUCCUACGUCGUAGCUGUUGGCGCAUGUGUUCCUUGUUAGCAUGCCCUUCUGGACGUCCUCCUUAACUUGUCCUGCUCACCAAUAUAUUUUGAUCUGCGUCAUUCUCUUCUCUUCUCAAGUUGCUCCUUUCUUUUUGUACAGUGGGUUUCUUACACUCUUCAUUUCCUACUUAGAACUGUUGCUCAUUUUUCUACGUUUUUAGGUGAUCGAUUUUCUUUGUAUUGUUCUCCCAAUGGACUCUUG